UCUAAAUUAAAGAUUAAACGAGAUCAAACUGAAAUGAUGUCUGAUAUGGAUAUUUUAGAUAGGCUUGUGCCGACUCGUGGUGUUCAUCUUCCAUUUGUUUGCAAUUAUUCAUAAUCAUAUUUCGCAAUUAUCCUGCUGAUUUGGUAUAGUAUUCCAAAACAAUCUCGUUUUCAGACGCUGCUGUCGGGCAUGCCUACAUCUACACAUGAAGCAUUGGAGUAGAGAGUAGAACAUCGGUGGAGGAGAGCCGUACGAUUGCCUACAAAGAAGGACUAUAUCCGUUGCCAACGAUCGCGAUGGACCCCGCGAGUCCCACGAGGAAGAUCUCUUCUACCAGCUCGAAGAGUGAUAGUUCCGACCUAUCAAGCCCGGGUUGUUUGAGUCCUGGGUUUGCCCGUUUCGGAUCGCUUCAUCCCUUGGGAGAAAAACAACCAAUGGAGGCAGACGGCGCUGGAAAAAGUGAUAGCCAAAUUCGUUCACGACGUAAGAGAAGUGCAAUCAAAGCAAGGCAUGGAGAUGCGUUGAGAAAUCUCAAGGAAGCUUUACAGAAGUACAGUACCUUUCGCAAAGAGUUGGAAAAAAGCUACAGAAAUACUAUUGACAAUGUCAACGAAUUGUAUAAGGUUUUAGGCAUGGGUGAUAAAUUGACAACAUGGCUCAGAGAAAGAAUGAUAGAAGAAAUGGUUUCAGUGGAGGGGUUUGUAAAUAAGGACCCGAUUAUCAUAGUAAGUGGACAAGUUAACUGUGGCAAAUCUUCUUUAGUGAACGAGAUUCUUGAAAGAACUUGUGUGCCAGUUGAGAAAACGCCUUGUACCGCGAUGCUUACAAGGUUAAAAUACAGCAAAACGGACUACUACCAAGUGUUCAACGCAGACGGAACCCCGAAAACCGAGAAAGUGGAUUUCAACGCAAAGAAACUCAAGAAGGACGUACAGUUGGAGAGUAGGACCCGGGAGUCUGAGGCUGUUGAGUGCACCGUCGAAAUUGGUCUGGACAAUCCCAUCCUUGAGUUUGGCAUCCAGAUCUAUGACACGCCUGGAACCAAUGAGAAUGAGGCACUGGAUGCGGUCGUUCAACAGUCCCUGGAUGGUGUGUUGCAGGUCCUCAUAUACGUAAUUGACGGCAACAGGUCGUUGACCAAACUGGAUGAAGACUUCAUUGAGACCAUCACAGUUAAGUACCCGAAAAUGAACAUCGUUUACGUCUGCAACAAGUGCGAAGAAAGCAAAUCAGCGCAGCAGAGGGAUGCCUUCUCGGAGGAUGAAGAAGAAGGACAACCAGCGGCGCGGUUCCGGAGUAUGUCUAAGGGGGAGGAGGUAUACGAACGACUUCUUGGCAUGAAGAAAGUAGACUCAGAACUUAACGGAAGUGAUCAUGAUGACAAGUACUUUAAGGUCUCUUGCAAGAAAAUCCGAAAAGCACGGCUGAAUGAUAAUAUGGAAGACGAAUUCAUGCUGGAGUUCUUACAGCUGAUCAACGCUUUGAUUAAAAAUUUUGAUGAAUGUGUCUACGAGAGUUUGAACAACGCGCUUACAUCCCUUUAUGCUUUCGCUACAAGAGUCUUUGACUAUUUCCUCUACGUGAAGUUCCUCAAUCAGCCAAUCUGGGAAAGUCUUUUAAAAAAGUUAACAGAUGUUCGAGGGAAAGAGGAACGUGCUUAUGAAGAGCUACAUGAAUUCAUUGAUGAGCAGUGCCGGCAGCUGAACAUGUCCUUAAAGCAAAGCAUCAAAGAAAGACAAGACACCAUAGUAAGCACCGUCAACAGAAGAAUCUUUGGGACAUCUCUAGAAACCCUGGACGCAGAGUCCUCUAGUGAGAAGCAAAGGGCCAGGCUAGCUACUGUGUUACAAAGCGUCAUAUACGAGGAAAUCGUCAACGGUAGCGCCUUCCACGAAAUCCGGACUUUCAUCCAGGGUAAAAUCGUCGACCGGAUCCACGCAUUGCUGGAGGAGUGCGAGCGUUUACCUGGCGUAGGUGACCUUGUCCCUCAGCUAAAAAGUUGCUUCAGGUUCGAGUUGCUUUCAAGUGGUGGUGUGGACUUCUGCCAAGAUAUGUGCAAAAAGUCCCUAUCGUUGACUUUGAGAGCCAUUCUAGACAAGAUCCUUCAACAUUUUAAUCCAGCGUUGGGCUUAAAACGCCAAGAGAAACUGCGACAGUUACUAGUUCGUCGUUUUCUUAAGCACAUAGACGAAAAGGCCCUGGGGUCGAAUGUAGCUCAGCAGUUGUUUGAACAGCUUGCACAAUCACACAACCGCUUCCAGCAAAUUGUUGAAACCAUUGAAAAGGCACACUCCAACAGAAAGUUUAAGCAGUCCGGAUAUAAGAAGUUUAUUCCACUUUUCUCCAAAGAGAUAUGCAACCUUAAGGUACUGAUUGCCGAGGUUGAGAUAUUGCGGAGUAACUCCUAUCUCCCUGGUUUGAUUGAAAUUAAGUCCGGCCACAGGAAUGAGGUGUACGUGUUCGGUGUAGCUCCAAGGCAGCAUGUGGAGAAGAAGUUGAAGGUAGAGGCAGUUGGUUACGAAGAGGGUGUCCAGGAGUUGGCUGUCCUCCUCAACUGUGGAAGGAUGCUGCAGAUUCAACACGACCAUCUCAUCACCUCGUUUGACCUCCAGCGCGAUUGCGAUGGCUGCUUAAGAGUCACCCUGCCUUUCUGCCAGUCAAACCUGUUCUACGGCCUAUAUCACCAAAUGAAACAGUCCCUGAAGGUUCGGAUGUUAAUGGCCAAGGAUAUCGUGGGGGCGUGCGUCUAUCUUGCAGAGAGAGGCUUCCGAGCGAAUGAUCUACGCCCAAGUAAUAUUCUGCUACGACAAUGGCAACCAAAGAUUGAUCUGACUAAAUCGAAAUCUCUUGACACCCCAUACCCUGAGCCAGAUGAUGAGCCGCCUUUCCACUUCGCUCCAGAAGCGAUCAACAAUGAUGAUAAUCACCAAACGACCAACCAGCCUACAUGUAGCACCUACGAUACGUACAGCUGCGUUAUACUCAUUUGGCUCCUCUCUAUCGGGAAGUUCAUUCGGCCAUCUUUUGCUCAAAAGAAAUCCAUAGGUGACAUUCAAAAUACGAUACUCAGCAAUACAUAUAGGGUCCAACGUGAAUUACUGGAGGAGAUCAAAAGACAACUGAACAGCCUGCAGUCGGGAAUGGAACAGAUUGGUCUGACAAGCUUGGUUCAGCGAAACAUUGUGCUUGAAAGUAGUCAAAGAAUGACUAUCAGUGAGCUUCAUGAAUAUUUGGAAGAUCUGUACACAAGAAUGUAGUCUAGUUUAAAAAUCACAUACGUUAGAUCAUUGAUGAUCCUCGAAAUUUCAUCGUGUUAGCCUGCAAGAUUCUUUGCAGCGUUAAAAAAUUAACGUGGUUGAAAAUAAAAACUUGACGGACGCGAAAAAAACACUUUUCAAUAUAUACAUGUAUUAUAUCAGCCGAGUUCUAUCAGGAUUUCCAAUAAGUAGUUGUUUAACUAUCGGACUCAUACGAUGUAGCAGUUUCUUUAGUACUUUAGCGAAAGGAGUCUGAUCAAAUGGAUCUAAAUCUUGCCCACCAAGGUUUUUGUAGUAGUGAUACACGGCUUAUACUGUACGUGUUCGUGUUUAAAACACUGAACACGCGACGAAAAUAGCAUUCGUGGAGAAUCCGGUGAUUAGGAGUUGUAUGAAAAAACUCAAAAGAUUCGACUUAUAUCUCAAACAGCUUUUUUAUCUUAGUUUGUCCUUUUGCAAUAACAACGCUUAGCCGUUCCCAAGUUGUUCGAAUUUACCUCCGUGUUCGCGAUCGGGUCUAGAGAUCCAAAAAUGGCUUCGGAUAGAACUGUCAC